GGAUUUCAUGCAACCUGCAUAAUGUUGGAUCAAGAGGAACAAUGAAUAACUUUAUAAAAACAUAGUAUUUGACAUUUUUUCAAGAUGAAUCCACAGAAAGGCCCGGGCCAGGGAGCUGAUGCAAAGGCCCGGGCCUCGAAAGCCAAAGUCAUAACAUUCUACAAAAACGACAAUAACUUCAGCGGGUUACGGCUGGCAGUGACGAAGCGGCGUUACCCCAGCUUUGACGCUCUCCUGCAGGAGUUGACAUCGAAGGUGUCUUUACCGUUUGCCGCGAGGAACGUCUUCACCCCCGGCGGAGUCCACGAUGUCACGGACAUCACAGACCUGGAGGAUGGGCGCUCCUAUGUCGUCUCGGACAAGAAGAAGAAGAAGCCUUUGAACAUUGACAAGGUGCAGAAGCCACGGGUUUGGAGGAACACAAAACAACUCAGCAAACAUGAUUCCAAGCUGGCAGCGGCGGCUGCUGCACUGCCAUUGAACUAUCAGAAUGGUUUCGCAAAGACCAACGGAUGGUCAUCGGUGUCGCCCCCUCAGAUGAAUGGCUCUCCAAAUGGAGCAGCUGGAGGAGAUACCCUUGGAAGCAUUCAACAUAGGGUACCUAAUACACCAAAAAAGAUCAUCGUAAUGAUGAAUGGAGACCCCCAGACCAAGCAUAUGAUGCUCCUCAACAGACGUACUGCGCAGAGUUUUGAGGACGUUCUUGCAGACAUCAGUGAAACGUUCAAAGUACCGAUCAAGAGGCUUUGUACAGCUGAUGGCAAAAAGGUGAGUUCAGAUAUACUGUAACGUUAACCCUUUGACGUCCGAGUUCUGUCAUUCCCAUAGACAUUGUGGAGGGUUCACGUUUUUCCAGUGUGCUAUGGGUUGUUUUUUGAUUUUCUGAAGGAAUACUGCAGCUGAGCCGUAACAGUCACCUUCAUGUUAAAAGCCAAAGGCUACAUGCACAUGCAAACACUGGCCCCAAAUCAUAU